AGACCUUUCAUACGUGUCACUCACACACACACCAUGUCCUCCUCCUCCUUCACUCUCCCUGAUGACGACUCCGUCCCCACCGCCGGGUCAACCCGCCCGUUCGACGACGAUGACUACCUCCGCUACGAGCAUGACUCCGUAGUAGUAGACGACGUCUUCGCUACGGCUCAGCCGCUCACUGAGCCUCCAUCUCCGCCGUCGAUCUUCGCUGCCGGAUCGAACGAUCCGAUUCUGCCGGAGAUGCCGCCAGAGGAGGGCGCCGCUCUCAGGGAAUGGAGAAGGCAGAAUGCAAUUCAUCUGGCGGAGAAGGAGAAGAGAGAAAAGGAGUUGUUGAGCCAAAUCAUCGAGGAAGCUGAAGAGUUCAAGGUUGAAUUCUACCAGAAGAGGAAGAUCGCUUCUGAGAAUAACAAAGCUGCUAACAGGGAAAAAGAGAAGAUGUUCGUUGCCAGUCAAGAGAAGUUUCAUGCUGAGGUAGACAAGAAUUACUGGAAGGCAGUUGCAGAUCUCAUUCCAAAUGAGGUGCCAGCUAUAGAGAAGAGAGGGAGGAAGGAUCAGGAAAAGAAGCCUUCCGUAGUUGUUGUUCAAGGUCCAAAACCUGGUAAGCCAACUGAGCUCUCGCGGAUGAGGCAGAUUCUUCUGAAAUUGAAGCAUAAUACGCCUCCUCACCUAAAGCCUUUGCCACCAGCACCAGUUGCUGCCCCUGAGGCUGUUGCUGCUACUGUGGCAGUUGCACCUGAGGCUAUAUCUGCUGCCUGAUAAUUGUGAUCGGUGUUGUCUGUUAACUUUCAAGUCUAUAUUUUCGUAGUAACAAAGCACCUUGAUCAAUAUUGUGAAGUUUUUCUUGUUUUAGUUAACCUGGAACAUUUUUAAUGGGCACAUUCAGGAAACCUGUUUUUUAAGUUUUGUGUUUCAUAUGUACAAAAUCUGAAAGAACCCAAAGGGGCUGGACUUGGUUUGAUCGGUUAAGUUUUUUUUGGGUGGUAAUUCUUGACCAUAAUGAUGAAUUUGGUCCUCAUUUUAUUUU